UCUCGUCUUAACAGAGAGAGAGAGAGAGAGAGAGAGAGAGAGAGAGAGGAAAGAGAAGAAGGACGAAAUGGCAAUGGCUCGGGCGAGCUCGGGUCUCCAAUACCCUGAGCGGUUCUACGCGGCGGCCUCCUACGCCGGCUUCGACGGAUCUCCUCGCUCCUCCGAUAAAGCCGUUCGCGCCAAGUUCAACUCCGAGUCCGCUCUCAUCCUCUACGCUCUCUACCAACAGGCUACGGUAGGACCGUGCAAUACGGCGGAACCGAGUGCCUGGAAUGCAGUUGAGAAGAGCAAAUGGAGCAGCUGGAAGAAACUUGCCGACAUGGCCUCCACUGAAGCAAUGCGUCUUUUUGUGAAGAUAUUAGAGGAAGAAGAUCCAGGUUGGUAUUCAAGAGCAUCAAACUCUGUUUCCGAGCCUGUGGUAGAUGUACAAAUGAAUAAAAAUUCAAAUGCUGGGACAGUUGUUGAGAAUGGGAACUCUUAUCCAGAAACAAAAACAAUCUCUACCGAAAAUGGGAGUAUACAGGAAGCACAGGAUAAAGAUGUUGUCUCUGAAGGCAUUGGUUCUGUUGGUGUUUAUGAUCAGUGGAUUGCUCCUCCAGUAUCUGGCCAACGUCCGAAAGCUCGAUAUGAGCAUGGAGCAGCAGUUGUACAAGACAAGAUGUAUAUAUAUGGUGGAAACCACAAUGGUCGUUACCUAAAUGAUCUCCAUGUCUUUGAUUUGAGGAGUUGGACUUGGUCAAAGAUUGAGGCCAAAGUUGGGGCUGAAUCACAUGACUCGCCGUCUCCAGUUAUAAUUAGUCCAUGUGCUGGUCAUUCCUUGAUAGCAUGGGACGGUAAACUUCUCUCAGUUGCUGGACAUACAAAGGAUCCUACUGAGUCUAUUCAAGUGAAGGCGUUCGAUCCACACACGUCCACUUGGUCGUUUCUAAAGACUUAUGGGAAACCACCGACAUCACGCGGUGGCCAAUCUGUCACCGUCAUUGGAGGUAGCUUGGUGAUUUUUGGUGGACAGGAUGCAAAGAGAACUUUGCUAAAUGAUCUCCACAUUCUUGACCUAGAAACAAUGACAUGGGAUGAGAUUGAUGCUGUAGGGGUGGCCCCUUCUCCAAGGUCUGAUCAUGCUGCUGCUGUACAUGCUGACCGCUACCUCCUCAUCUUUGGUGGGGGUUCCCAUUCAAAUUGCUUUAAUGAUCUUCAUGUCCUUGAUCUACAAACUAUGGAGUGGUCAAGACCUACACAACAAGGCCAGAUACCAACUCCACGGGCUGGACAUGCAGGUGUGCCAAUUGGAGAAAAUUGGUUCAUUGUUGGUGGUGGUGACAAUAAGAGUGGUGUUUCAGAAACUGUUGUCCUAAAUAUGUCUACACUAGUUUGGUCUGUUGUAACUACUGUUGAAGGGCGUAUUCCUGUUGCUAGUGAGGGAUUAAGUGUGGUCGUAGGUUCUUACAAUGGUGAAGAUGUGCUUCUAUCGUUUGGAGGAUACAAUGGGUGUUACAACAACGAGGUUAACGUUCUCAAACCAAGCCAGAAGUCAACCUUGCCAUCAAAAAUGGAAACGUCUGUGCCAGACAGUGUUUCUGCUGUGCAUAAUGCCACUAAUGCUGCCAGAGAUGUGGAGUCCGAGUAUGAAGCUGGACAUGAAGGAAAAAUUAGGGAAAUAGUUAUGGACGCAGAGCCAAUGAAAUCCAGAGGCAAGAACUUUAAUGAGCAUCUUAUAGCAACUCUCAAAACAGAAAAAGAAGAACUAGAAUCAGCACUCAGCAAGGAGAAGGUGCAAUCUCUCCAGUUAAAGCAAGACUUAUCAGAAGCAGAGUCUCGUAACACUGACCUAUACAAGGAGCUUCAAUCUGUACGGGGACAACUUGCGGGUGAGCAGUCCAGAUGCUUCAAACUUGAGGUUGAACUAGCAGAACAACGGCAGAAGCUCCAAACAAUGGAAGCAUUGCAGAAGGAACUUGAACUCCUCCAGCGACAAAAGGCUGCAUCUGAACAAGCAGCCCUGAAUGCUAAAAAGCAGGGGGGCGUCUGGGGCUGGCUUGCCGGAACACCCGGCAGUGAAAAAUCUGAUGAUGCCUAAAUACUUGUCAAAAGCCAAAAUGGAUAGGAGUUGUUAGAUUUGUUUUUCUUUCGACUCAUUUUUGAAAUUUCUUUUUGUCCACAUAUAUUUGUUUUUUCUUAAUCAAGGUCAUUUCUGAUGAUAGAAAAAUAAGACAUGAGGUUCAUAUUGGCGGUAAUAGGGAACCCCUUUUGGGAUUUUUGCAUGAAUACAUGUUCUGAGUUAUAUAGUCAUGUGUGUCGGUCCUAUAUUCUUUUGGGUCACCGAUUUUUGUGAAGAUUGUAU